UGCACCACCCGGUGGCUCCUCCGGUGAAGUGAGCCCUGAAGGCUCGCAGCCGUGGGGGUCCGGGCAGGCUGGGCUUCGGGGUCCGGAGGUCGUGGAGUUGGGUCGGAACAGUCCUUAGGAGACGCGAUGCAGUCGAACAAAGCCAAUAUGGAGACCACAGCCCCAGGGCCCAUUCACCUGCUGGAGCUAUGUGACCAAAAGCUUAUGGACUUUGUCUGCAACAUGGACAAUAAAGACAUGGUGUGGCUCCAGGAAAUUGAAGAGGAGGCCAAGCGCAUGUUCACCAGAGAAUUCAGCAAAGAGCCCGAGCUAAUGCCCAAGACUCCUUCUCAGAAGAACCGACAGAAGAAGAGACGAGUUUCUAAUGUUCAGGAUGAAAAUCGGGAUCCCAUCAGGAAAAGGUUAUCCCGCAGAAGGACUCGGAGCAGCCAGCUGAGCACCCGACAGCUCCGCAGCAGAGACAAGGUGGAGAAACUGGCCACAGUAGUGGCAGAGAAUGGCUCCCCUGUGCUGCGGCGGAUAACCAGGGCGGCUGCCGCAGCUGCAGCAGCUUCUGUGCCAUCGGCUGCUCCUUUGCCCACCUCUGGGUCUCCCAUAGAACUGACCAAGAAGGUUACGGUGAAGAUAGGCAUCAGUGACCGCCAGAAUGCAGAGAGGCGUCUCACUGAGCUCACAGCUGCCCUGACUCUGUCAGAAGCUGUGAACCCCACCCCACCUCCAGCUUCUCAGGACGUCUUGAUUUCAGAUGAAGAACCAACACCCAAGAAAUCAGAGGCUGGGAGACUGGAGUCUGUGACAGUGAGCUCCCUGAUGACUACCCCCCAGGACCCUAAGAAUGGAGGGGCUGGAACAGGGCGAUCUGCCUCCAAGCUUAAGAUUGCUCAAGCUUCCCGAGACUCAACUGACUCUUCAUAUUAUCCAUGGCAAGAGCGAGUGCUGGUCCCCAUCCUGCCAGAUAACUGCUCCAAAACCAACGGCUCCCGUAGGCAUACUCGGUCAAUGCGGCACAGCCUGAUUCCUUCAGGGCCCCAAGUCUCACUGGCCCAACAGUACUCCCUGGCCCACAAGUACUCCCUUGUGACCAAACAGGAUGGUACCAGCCGCAGAUCAAGCAGAAGGGUUUCCAAGAAGGCCACCAAAGAGCCAGCUGCUUCUGCCCGCAUCAUCUGUCACAGUUACUUGGAGAGGCUCCUGAAUGUUGAGGUACCUCAGAAAGCUGGUCCCGAGCAGGAUCCCAGCAAGGAGGCUGAGCCCAGAGAGGCAGCGGAGACAGAGGUCUCUAAGAAUGAUGGGAGCACGCUGUGUACCUUUAGUACACCCAGACUGAAGCCUGUGGCAUAUGGGCAAGAAACAUCCCCUCAACAGCAGCAGGAGUCCAAGACUGACCCAGCAGAUGGACACAGGGAGCCGCCCCAGAGCAUCAGAAGGAAACGUAGCUACAAGCAGGCAAUGAGUGAGUUGGAUGAGGAGAAUUUCCAGGAGGAUGAGGACCUACAGCCCCCCAGGACCAAGACCCCUUCUCCGCCCUGUCCAGCCAACAAGGUGGUGCGGCCCCUCCGGACCUUCCUGCAUACAGUACAGAGGAACCAGUUGCUCAUGACCCCUACCUCGGCCUCCCGCAGCAGCAUCAUGAAAUCCUUCAUUAAGCGCAAUACUCCUCUGCGCGUGGACCCUAAGUGCAGCUUUGUUGAGAAGGAGCGGCAGCGCCUGGAGAACCUUCGGCGGAAGGAGGUGGCGGAGCAGCUGCGCAGGCAGAAGGUGGAGGAGGACAAGCGGCGGCGGCUGGAGGAAGUGAAGCAGAAGAGGGAAGAGCGCCUCCGCAAGGUGCUGCAGGCCCGAGAGCGGGUGGAACAGAUGAAGGAGGAGAAGAAGAAGCAGAUUGAGCAGAAAUUCGCUCAGCUUGAUGAGAAGACGGAGAAGGCCAAAGAGGAACGGCUAGCCGAGGAGAAGGCCAAGAAGAAGGCUGCAGCCAAGAAGAUGGAAGAGGUGGAGGCCCGCAGGAAGCAGGAGGAGGAGGCACGCAGGCUCAAGUGGCUCCAACAGGAGGAGGAGGAGCGGCGCCACCAAGAGCUGCUGCAGAAGAAGAAGAAGGAGGAGGAGGAGCAGGAGCGGCUGCGCAAGGCCACUGAGGCCAGGCGGCUGGCGGAGCAGCGGGAGCAAGAACGGCAGCAGGCUGAGCAGGAGCGACGGCGACUGGAGCAAGAGCGGCUCCAGGCCGAGAAGGAGAAGGAGAAGGCCAUGCGGCUACAGAAGGAGCGGCUGCAGAAGGAACUGGAGGAGAAAAAGAAGCAGGAGGAGCAGCAGCGUCUGGCUGAGCAGCGGCUACAGGAGGAGCAGAAGAAAGCCAAGGAGGAGGCAAGGGCCGGCAAAAACCUGAACGUGACCGUGGACGUGCAGUCUCCAGUUUGUACCUCAUAUCCAAUGACUCCACAAGGGCCCAAGAGCCACCCCAAAAUCAACCCAGAUAACUAUGGGAUGGACCUGAAUAGUGAUGACUCCACUGAUGAUGAGGCUCAUCCCCGGAAACCCAUCCCCAUCUGGGCCAGAGGCACCCAGCUCAGCCAGGCCAUCGUCCACCAGUACUACCACCCCCCGAACCUUGCGGAGCUCUUUGGAACCAUUCUCCCCCUGGACUUGGAGGACAUCUUCAAGAAGAGCAAGCCCCGCUACCACAAGCGCACCAGCUCUGCCGUGUGGAACUCACCGCCCCUGCAGGGGCCCCGGGUCCCCAGCAGCCUAGCCUACAGCCUGAAGUACUGAGGCAUGCGUGCACUCUGCCCUUCCGGCAGUCUCGGGACCUGUGUCUUGUCUUUGUCUGUCUUGUCUGUGUUUUGUCUGUGUGGUGUGCGUGUUGGGCUGGUGCCCUGCCGCCUGGUGUGCCAUUGCUGAGGGCUCUGCCGUGGAGUGGCUGUGGCUGUCCUCUGAGUGCCAGGCUUUUGUGCUGCAAGGGGAAAGGGAGCCCCAGACCAGUUUGGAGGUUGGUUCAAGAACUAGGAGCAGCCCCAACUGGCCCUCAGGCAGUACUGUGUAUAUAGAUUCUUCUAUUUCAGUUGAAUUUUAGUUUCUAGUGUCUGAGAGGUAGAUUAAUAAAGUAUAUGCCUUGAAGCCUGCUGUGGAUAUUGUGGAGAUGGGGAUUUUCAGUAGAAUGUUCUGGAGGCACUGCAGUGUACCUCAAGAUCACCUGUGGGGGCGGGGCCCACCCUGUGGUACUGGUGUGUGGGUGAUUCUGAUCAGACAACUUCCAGGAAACGGGUUAGUAUCUCAAGAUCGCGCAGGUAAAGCUGCUUCCUGUUUUGGGGGUAGAUAUUCCUUGUUUGUUAAAGGGACGUGUUCCUCAGAGUGUCCACUCCCAAGGUCCACUCUUGCUGAGGUCUGCAGGUCUGUGCCAAAGCCUGAGACCCAUGGAGAAGAGCGAUGCCCCUUGAGCCCCCUUGGGACCAGUACUUGUAAGCAGUGCUCAAUAAGAGCUUAGCACCAGGGAAGGCUGGCCCUGGUCCUGCCCGCUAGCUGCCCACUGCUCAUGCCCCUCACGUGGGGGUCGCAAACUAUGGCCUAUGGGUCCAGCCAAGCUGUAGGCAGUAUUUAGUUAGAUGAGAACACACCUAAUAGAAAGGUCCAUUCACUCACCUGUUGUCCCCAGCUGCUGUGCAGACUGCUACUCUACAGAACUCUUGCAGCCCGAGAAGUUGAAACAUUUUCUGUCUGAACUGAAACAGUUUGCCAACUCCUGCCUUAGGACAAAAUAAAGGUUAAAUACAACAGUGCCUUAAGCAAUGAGGAAGUGGUGACCCUACAUGGUAGAGUGCAGGCUCAGAAGACUCUGCCUGUGGAAAGCAAAGCUUUCCACAGUUCCAGCUGGUUCCACCUGUUAUCUGAGACUGCAGUAGACUGAAAAGCAGGUGUCUUGUCUGAAACCACAAUACCAAAAUAUCACUUCUUGUGCAUGUAAUUAUAUAGUAUCCUAAGGAAAAGUUGUUCAGCACAACGGCCAGUGUAUUGGUCAGUAUUUCUUGUUUUGUCCAUUCUAAUAGGUCAUGGUUUUGGGUUGCAUUUCCCUAAUGACCUAAUGGUAAUUAAGUGCUUUUAAAUUUGGGUUUACUGUUGAGUUUAAAAGAUGAAUGCCAUCUUUUGCCAGACAUGUGCCCUGCAGUAUUUGCUCCCACUUGCAGCUUGCUUUUCAUUAAAAAAUUUCCUUCACAGAGAAGAAAUUUUAAUGUGACCAACUUUACUAUUUUAUAGGUUAUAUUCUUCUGGUGUCAUGUCUAAGAAUUCUUUAGCCCCAGAUCCCAAAAAUUUUCUUCAGUGCUGUCUUCUAAAUAUGUCUUUAUUUUACAUGUUAUGUCUUGGUAUAUGAUCUUUUUUGAGUUACUUUUUUUUUUAAUUAAAGGGUGAGAUUUAUGUGUUUUGUUUGUGUUUAAGGGCUUAUUGGUAGUUGUUCCAGCAAUAUUCGUUAAAAAGACUGUCUUUUCUCCAUUGGAUUCCUCCUGUCUUUGUCAAAACUCAAUUCAUCAUCAUCAAUUCCUGAGUUCAGACUAAGUAGGGACUGAGAAAAAGGAAGAAAGAAUCAGCCACACUGAUGUGAUCGAGUUUUUAGGGAUUUUUUUUGUUGUUUGUUUUGAUGUCGGUUAACUCAGGGUAUGGGUGCUAUCCCUUCGCUCAAGGCUGUUGCUCUACUACUUGUGCUACAACUCCACUUUCAGGUUUUUUGCUGGUGAAUAAGAGUCUCCUGG